AUGAACGGGGUCAGUGGGGAGGUUCUCUGUUGCAAUGACCAUGAGCUGGCAGAGUGUGGUAGGGAGGAGGACGCAAAUGCUGCGAAGGGUCACUCUUUGGAGCACGUAGAUUGUUUAAGUGCAUCAGAAGAGAUCAGAAGAGACAUCAGGGAGGACUUUCCUAUAGAGUUAGAAAACGCUAGGUACACCCUCGAUGCCUUUUCUGAAGUAAAGAUGGCCCUGCAACAAGAAGGAUUUGACCGUAAAAAGAGAGGGUACAGGGACAUCAAUGAGAUUGACAUCAACAUGAAUGAUCCUCUUUUUACAAAGCAGUGGUACCUGUUCAACACCGGGCAAGCUGAUGGCACUCCUGGGCUAGACCUGAACGUGGCCGAAGCCUGGGAGCUGGGAUACACAGGGAAAGGCGUGACCAUUGGAAUUAUGGAUGACGGAAUUGACUAUCUUCAUCCAGACCUGGCCUACAACUACAACUCGGAUGCAAGUUAUGACUUCAGCAGCAACGACCCCUACCCAUACCCUCGCUACACAGAUGACUGGUUCAACAGCCACGGAACUAGGUGUGCAGGAGAAGUUUCUGCUGCAGCCAGCAACAAUAUCUGUGGAAUCGGCGUAGCAUACAACUCCAAGGUGGCAGGUAUCCGCAUGCUGGACCAACCCUUUAUGACAGACAUCAUUGAGGCCUCCUCCAUCAGUCACAUGCCUCAACUGAUCGACAUCUACAGUGCAAGCUGGGGCCCCACAGACAAUGGGAAGACAGUUGAUGGUCCCCGAGAGCUCACGCUGCAGGCCAUGGCUGACGGCGUGAACAAGGGCCGUGGGGGCAAAGGCAGCAUCUAUGUGUGGGCCUCUGGGGACGGUGGCAGCUAUGAUGACUGCAACUGUGACGGCUAUGCUUCAAGCAUGUGGACCAUCUCCAUCAAUUCAGCCAUCAACGACGGCAGGACCGCUCUGUAUGACGAGAGCUGUUCGUCCACCUUAGCAUCCACCUUCAGCAACGGCAGGAAGAGGAAUCCUGAGGCCGGUGUGGCCACAACAGACUUGUACGGCAACUGUACUCUGAGGCAUUCUGGGACCUCUGCAGCUGCUCCUGAGGCAGCUGGCGUGUUUGCACUGGCUUUAGAGGCUAACCUGGAUCUGACCUGGAGAGACAUGCAGCACCUGACCGUGCUCACCUCCAAGCGGAACCAGCUUCACGACGAAGUCCAUCAGUGGCGGCGGAACGGGGUCGGCCUGGAAUUCAACCACCUCUUCGGCUAUGGAGUCCUUGACGCAGGUGCCAUGGUGAAAAUGGCUAAAGACUGGAAGACUGUCCCUGAGAGAUUCCAUUGUGUGGGAGGCUCCGUGCAGAAUCCCGAGAAAAUACCACCCACCGGCAAGUUGGUACUGACCCUCCAAACAAAUGCAUGCGAGGGGAAAGAAAACUUUGUCCGCUACCUCGAGCAUGUCCAGGCUGUCAUCACAGUCAAUGCGACCAGGAGAGGGGACCUGAACAUCAACAUGACCUCCCCCAUGGGCACCAAGUCCAUUUUGCUGAGCCGGCGUCCAAGAGAUGACGACUCCAAGGUGGGCUUUGACAAGUGGCCUUUCAUGACCACCCACACCUGGGGGGAGGAUGCCCGAGGGACCUGGACCCUGGAGCUGGGGUUUGUGGGCAGUACGCCACAGAAAGGGUUGCUGAAGGAGUGGACCCUCAUGCUGCAUGGCACACAGAGUGCCCCGUACAUCGAUCAGGUGGUGAGGGAUUACCAGUCUAAGCUCGCCAUGUCCAAGAAGCAAGAGUUGGAGGAAGAGCUGGAUGAAGCUGUGGCCCGAAGUCUGCAGAGCAUCCUGGGGAAGAACUAGGGCCAUGGCUCCAUCCUUCACCUCCAACUCCUCCCUGUUUCUGCCUCUGUCCUUGCUCCACAGUUCUGGCAGGCACCAGCCACCCAGAAAUUCCUGUUACCCCCCCCCCCAACACACACACACACACACACACACAAGCAAUCCCAGCCUGGUCUGCAGCUUUGCUCACUGUCAAUGAUUAUUUUCACUACAAUGGAAGCAGUCGUUUUUAUUCUGUAGCCCAAAUAUAGUGUUCCUACCAACA